AUGAUGCAGUACAAAACAAUUCCAAAGCAGGCCAACUUCGUAUCCCUGAAUCCACGCAUCAAGGCUUCUGCAUCGGGAGAGAUAAUAGUGCCCAAGGUUACCCAGUCGUGGACCGCUCAGCGCCAUGUUGCGCUGGUGAAUAAUUACGGAGCUGCGGGAAGCAACGUGGCGCUUGUACUUCGAGCGCACUCAAACCCCCUCUCGAGCUCAGCACCAGAAACAACCCUAGGGACUCAAGAUUGCCCGUCUUCCUCCUCUGUCGUCAGCCCGAUUCUUCUCUCCGCCAGGACCGUAAAUGGCCUCCAAUCGUACAUGGAUAAGCUGAAGUCGUAUCUGCCCAAGGUCGAGACUUCGCUUGGAAGUGUGGCGUACAAGAUAGCUCGAAGUCAUAAUUCGUCGUUCGAGCACCGGAUUGCAUUCAUCGCAGCUGAUGUGAAGAGUGCCAUAUCUGUCCUUAACAGCUCAAGCGCGACGACGGAUGGAAUUGCGAUACGGACGGCCAAGAAUCCUGUCGUGUUGUGCUUUGGCGGCCAGACAAGCUGCAACGUUAGCGUCUCGAUAGAGCUAUAUGAGCGCUGCGAUCUUUUCAGGACCCGUUUGGUGAGAACAGCAUCCUCUUCAAAGUUCUGA